AUGGGUUCUUCUCAGUCCAAUAAGCACUCUGCGACGGGUUCAGGAUCUCGGUUCAACAAGCGCUCUGCGAUGGAUCGCGGUUCCAAGAUCCCUGACAAGCGCACCAAGGUGAUCAAGAAGCAGAAGAAAGGAGUGACCCCCCACAAGACCUCACGACAGAAGCUUCUUCAUCGAAAUGGGCUACUGAAUACCGCGAUCGCUGCUCGAUCGGAAUCGAUGAAGAUCAGCGCCAAACACAACUCCAAUGAGUCCCCGCUCCUCCGUCUUCCAGGCGAGAUCCGCACCAAGAUCUGGGAGUAUGCCGUGGGCUACCACCAGAUUGAACUGUGCAAUACGGACUACGCUACCCACAACUGGAUAUCCACCGAGCUCACCCACGUUUCGAGCCCUUUGGAAGUCACCACCUCCGGUUUCGUCAAGCCCAAGUAUGCUGUUCCGGCCGUCUGCCGCCAGAUGUAUGUCGAAGCAGCAGCCAUGGUGUACACGCUCAACACCUUCAGCUUCGAUGACCAGGAUGCCAUGGAUACCUUCAUCAGGGAUCGCGCACUUGGCCAGCGACGCUUGAUUACCUCAGUUGACGUCACGGUUGCGUACUUUCGUCUCUACAUCACAGGAGCCCGAAAGCUAUUUUGCCAAACCUUCCCGAGGAUCAAGCGCAUUGGAGUGCAUAUCAUGGCCGCUCAUAACGCCCAGCAUAUCUACUCGAGCAGCCAGAAAGAGCCGCUUGAAGAUGCGAAGCAGCGCGUAGUCGACUUUGUGAAAGAGAAGGAAGGCACCGGUGUCGAGGUGGAGUGGUAUGGUGGAUGCUCGAGCAACUACCUGUCCCUCCACUUCCGUUGA